AUGUCUUUUCUCUUCAGGCAGAAUCAAGACUCUGGAAAAGACAGGAUGGAUGCGUCUCACCGAAUUCGCACGCCUGAAGAGGCUGUGGCCAGAGUUGCCUACCUCUCGAGCGAUGUCAUUGUGUCCGUCCAGCCUUCGUUGGCUACCGACUCGGCCUUCUCAUCUCACCUCAAGCAAUACGCCAGCCGCAACGACCGCGGGCUGGUCGCCUCUGGCCCAGAUGCUGUACCAGAUGUGCAAUCGAUUCGUCACAAUGUCGACCCGCUGCUCUCUGUGUAUACGCCGGUCCGCGCAGGCAAGUUGGUAUCCGUUACUGCGACGUCAACCAUUUUAUUACCUGCCGUCUCCCACCUCUAUAAGCUGGCCAACUACCCCGUUGUCCUCCAUGUAUCGCUACAGCCGCAGCAACAUGCAGACUACUCUUCCAUCACAGCCAUUCGAAACGCAGGCUGGACGUUUUUGCAGUCCGAAACUUUGCAAGAGGCCCAAGAUAUGGCUAUGACCGCCCAUGCGUUGGCUGUGCGCACGGGCAAGGCUGUCAUUCACUUUUUUGCUCCAGAAACGUCUGCUGCCGACGAGCCCAUAGCAAUUGAGGACACGGCUGUCUUACGGCAAAUUCUUGACAUUGAAAGUGUCCGCCGCUUUCAAGCCGGCCGAUCUUCCGCCGCGGGUAUCUAUGCAGACGAUGGCCAUGUUGCAGUCUCCUCAGAUCACCCAGAAACCUUCAUAAACGGCAAUGGCACCAGGAAUGCUCCCCUCCAGCCGCCUCCCAGCGCUGAUGCCUCCAAAGCCACCUCAGCCGGCACUUCUAUCAAGUCCAGCGAAGCGUCUACUCCCAUCGCGCCUUCUUCUGUUGCAACCACGGUAGAGGCGGUGCCUCCUCAGGUUACCUCAGAAGACAUUUACACUUGCGCCGCCCGCAUCUGGUCCCAGAUGAAGGCUGCACUGGGUAGAGGAUAUGCCGCGUUUGAAUAUACAGGCCCUCCUAACGCCGAAAACUGUUUGCUUGUAUUCGGGUCGGACACAGGUUCCUUUGCAGAAACUGUGGAUAAUGCUAAGGCUGAUGAGAUAUUUGCCAACAUGGGCAUAUUGACCCCACGAUUAUAUCGUCCAUGGAUUGGCUCGAAGCUUGUUGAGUCAGUUCCCAACACUGUAAAAAGGCUUGCUGUCCUAGAACAAAUUCACAGAGCAACUACGAGAUGGGGCCCUGUCUUGAUUGAUGUUCUUUCGUCGGUUAAUCGUGGUCCCGGCGGCGUGCAGGUUAUAGUUGGAUACCAACUAGGAUACAUCGCCCCCGAAACAACGACGCAAGCCCUGAGAGGUAUCGUUCAAAAUCUCACCCUGGAAAAGCCUGUUCAGAACCUAGAGGUCGGGGUCAAGACGACAUCAGAGCACCCAGGUGGACAUGGUUUGGAAAAACCACAGCUCGAGAAUGCCUAUUCCAAGAUCCUGGACCAAGUCUUUGGAAGCCGGACAUAUAUUUCCAAUGCCUUGAAAUCCAACAAUGCAGGUGUUUCUGAGUCUAUCUCAGCCAGCCCCGAGUUUGGGUUUGGGUCACUUUUGGCGCGAAAGGAAUACCGAAGCAAGUUUAUUUCCGAAGUCAAGGAUGCAGCAAGUCAUGGAACCUUUAAAUCAGAUGAACCAAAGAGUUGGCUGGCUCGAUGGGCUAUGCAUGCAAAUGAUGGGGCCAAGGCUGUGGAUAUUGGUGAAGAAGUUGUAGCAAGAUUAGAAGCUGACGGCUCAGCUCUCGCCCAGAAGCUUCUCACCAGAAGGGGUCUCUUCCGCAAGGAAUCUCUAUGGCUGAUGGGCUCAGAUGCAUGGGCAUAUGACCUCGGAAACUCUGGAGUUCACCAUGUCCUUGCAUCUGGCGAAAAUAUCAAUAUGCUCAUUAUCGAUUCUACUCCGUACUCGGAAAAGUCCGCUGUUGACUCCAAUCGACGAAAGAAGGAUAUUGGCCUAUAUGCUAUGAACUUUGGUAAUGUUUAUGUGGCAUCAACCGCUGUGUAUAGCUCAUACACCCAGGUGCUACAGGCAUUGCUCGAGGCCGACAAGUUCAAUGGUCCUUCAGUUGUCCUAGCCUAUCUCCCCUAUUUUGGCGAAUCUGAUUCCCCACUAACUGUGCUUCAAGAAUCGAAGAAAGCUGUAGAUGUUGGUUAUUGGCCUUUGUAUCGAUGGAACCCAGAAAACGAACUCAACAGCGAGCCAAAUUUCUCCUUGGACUCGGAGGUGGUGAAGCAGGAAUUGAAAACGUUCUUGGCUAGGGAUAAUCAACUCACCCAGCUCAUGAAGAAAGAACCCAAAUUUGCUGCGAGUUUGGCACAGGAUUUUGGAACUGAGGUACGGGCCCAGCAAAAGAGAAAAGCUAAGGACGCAUACAAUCAAUUACUGGAAGGCCUUCUUGGCGCACCGCUUACUAUUCUCUUCGCUUCUGACAACGGGAAUGCCGCCUCUGUGGCCAAGCGCCUCGGGAAUCGAGGAAGGGCUCGCGGGUUGAAGACGGCGGUGCUGGCUAUGGAGGAUUAUCCUCUUGAAGACCUUUCACAGGAGGAGAACAUUGUUUUUAUCACAUCCACUGCUGGUCAAGGAGAGUUCCCUCAAAAUGGCUUACCAUUCUGGGACGGCAUCAAAGACAACACCGAUUUGGAUCUUGCCACUGUGAAUUUUUCUGUGUUUGGUCUUGGUGACAGUCACUACUGGCCUCGAAAAGAAGACAAAAUUUACUACAACAAGCCUGCGAAGGAUCUCGAUCGCGUUCUGAGUAAUCUUGGAGGCAAGCGCUUCGUUGGUGUUGGCCUAGGCGAUGACCAAGACCCUGAUGGUUUUCAAACUGGGUACCAAGAAUGGGAACCCAAACUUUGGCAAGCAUUAGGAGUAGAUAACGUGGAGGGACUUCCAGAAGAGCCGCCGCCUAUUACGAAUGAGGACAUCAAGAUCGCGUCAAACUAUUUGCGAGGCACAAUUUUGGAAGGCCUUAAGGACACAUCUACUGGUGCCAUCUCUGCUUCUGACCAACAAUUGACCAAGUUCCAUGGUACUUAUAUGCAAGAUGACAGAGAUAUCCGGGAUGAAAGAAAGGCUCAGGGACUGGAACCGGCGUAUUCUUUCAUGAUCCGAUGCCGACUCCCUGGCGGAGUUGCGACGCCAAAACAAUGGGUUCAGAUGGACGAUAUCAGCACAAGUCUAGGAAAUGAAACCAUGAAACUGACCACGAGGCAAACCUUCCAGUUCCACGGUGUCGUCAAGGGCAAGCUCAAACCAGCAAUGCAAGCUAUUAACCGAGCCCUGAUGACCACUAUUGCUGCAUGUGGUGACGUCAACAGAAACGUCAUGUGCAGCUCGCUUCCUACCGAGUCUCGGUAUCAUAAGCAAGUGCAUGCGUGCUCUCAGAAGAUUAGUGACCACCUCCUUCCUUCCACCAGUGCAUAUCACGAAAUUUGGCUCACAGAUGACAAUGACAAAAAGACGCAAAUUGCUGGCGAGGCGGUUCAGGAUUUUGAACCACUUUAUGGUCCGACGUAUCUUCCCCGAAAAUUCAAAAUUACCAUUGCCAUACCUCCUCAUAACGAUACUGAUGUAUAUGCACAUGAUAUCGGGUUGAUUGCUAUUAAAGGUGCGGAUGGAAGCCUUGAGGGAUUCAAUGUUCUGGCGGGUGGUGGCAUGGGAGCGACGCAUAAUAACAAAAAGACAUACCCUCAAACUGGGCGCAUGAUGGGAUUCUGCUCCGCAGACGAAGUUCACAUUGCAUGUGAGAAAAUAAUGCUGGUUCAGAGAGACCAUGGCGAUCGCAAAAACCGCAAGCACGCUCGGCUGAAGUAUACAAUUGACGACAUGGGCGUCGAUACUUUCCGUGGCAAAGUCGAGGAACUUUGGGGGAAGACUUUCGACAAGGAACGGAAAUUUGAGUUUAAGAGCAACGUUGACACUUUUGGUUGGCAAAAGGAUGAAACAGGCCUUAACCACUUUACAUUCUUUAUCGAAAACGGCCGAAUUGAAAACACACCUGACUUCCAAAUGAAGACAGGCCUGCGAGAGAUUGCCAAGGUACACAAGGGAGAGUUUCGUCUGACAGGAAAUCAGCAUCUCAUUCUCAGCAAUGUAAAAGACGAGGACCUGCCUGCAAUGAAAUCGCUCAUGAAGAAAUUCAAGCUGGACAACGUUCAAUUCUCCGGGCUCCGUCUCAGUUCGUCAGCUUGCGUUGCCUUCCCUACAUGUGGACUUGCAAUGGCCGAGUCGGAGCGAUACCUGCCGGUUCUCAUAUCCAAACUGGAAUCAUGCCUAGAGGAAAGUGGAUUGCGACAAGACUCCAUCGUCAUGCGAAUGACAGGUUGCCCCAAUGGUUGUGCCCGGCCUUGGUUGGCAGAGGUGGCAUUCGUUGGCAAGGCUUAUGGAGCAUAUAACAUGUACCUUGGUGGUGGGUACCACGGGCAACGCCUGAAUAAGCUGUAUCGCUCUAGCAUCAAGGAAGAAGAAAUACUUUCCAUUAUGAAGUCCCUCCUGAAGCGGUAUGCUGUGGAGCGGGAGGGGGGUGAAAAAUUCGGCGACUUCUGUAUUCGUGCUGGCAUCAUCAAGGCUACGACGGACGGACAGAAUUUCCAUGACAAUGUUGCGGAGGAAGAAUCAGACGAGGAAUGA